AUGGUUAUAAUUUGGAUCUUGUUCCUGAGUCUGUUGCAGGAGCCGUGGUCCCCAGGGCGGGCCGCGGGGGUGCCCGAGGCCGCCAGAGCCUCCCCGAGCGACCCCCGACCGCGCCGUGAUGCGGGGGGCCGCGGCGGCGUCUACGAGCACCUCGGGGGAGCGCCCAGGCGCAGGAAACUCUACUGUGCCACCAAGUACCAUCUCCAGAUCCACCCCAAUGGCAAGAUCAACGGCACCCUGGAGAAAAACAACGUCUUCAGUAUCCUUGAAAUAACUGCUGUUGAUGUUGGAAUCGUUGCCAUCAAGGGUUUGUUCUCUGGCAGAUACCUGGCCAUGAACAAAAGGGGCAGACUUUAUGCAUCAGAAAACUAUAAUGCAGAGUGUGAGUUUGUGGAGAGGAUCCAUGAAUUGGGUUAUAACACCUAUGCGUCCCGUAUCUACCGGACUGUACCUAACAGAGCUGGCACCAAGCGCAAAGCCAGUGCAGAGAGACUCUGGUAUGUCUCAAUCAAUGGGAAAGGACGACCCAGAAGGGGCUUUAAAACUCGCAGGACACAGAAAUCAUCUCUAUUUCUGCCCAGAGUAUUGGAUAACAAAGACCAUGAAAUGGUCCGACUGUUCCACACAAAUGUGAAAUAUCGAGAGAGUCUUCUGAAGCCCCCAAGCAAGAACCAGCGAAGGAGGAGAGGACGCUGACGGGGUGGGGGAAGCUUGUAUGGGGGCUGGAACUGACUGAGAGUCUUCAAAAUACUACUAAAAAACCUAACAGCUGUGAUUGUAUGACAGACAUUAACAUGGACAUUUUUUAUACACUGUAUAAUAUAACUGAAAGUUGCAUCACUUACUUUUAGCUAUUGUAGAAUUAUUAUCUGUGG